GAAGGCAGAGGGCGUCCAGGUCCGCUCGGUAACCGGUUCCCGCGCGCCCGGCCCCGACUCCGGGGGAAAGAGCCCCGGAGCGAAGCAGCGCUGGCCGCGUGCCGCCUCCGGAGCCGGCAGCGUGAGUGGCCCCGCGUCCCCGCUUCUCCCGGUCCCCGGCGGGGCCGCGUCACCCGGCCCCGCCCCGCGCCGCCCGCCCCGCCCCGGACGCGGGGGUAAGGGGGGGUCGCCGCCCGCCUGCCCCCGGUCUCGUGCGGUCCCCGAAGCUCCGAGCACCUGCCCGGUCCCGGCGCGGAGCCCCUCGGCGUCGCGUGGACCUGCGAGUCGCCCGUUUCCGGAAGCGCACACGGCCCAGUUGCGGCGGCCCAUCUGCCAGGGCGGCGGGGGCUUAGCGGGCGGGUUGAGGCUGAAUCACGCGCAGCCUGCGGGCGGCGGAAACGUCCCUAGAGCCUCGCCGCCCCGGGACCCGGGCCGCUUCCUGGGAGAGGAUUACAUUUUCUCCCUGCUCCACUUGACUUUCUUCCGGAAGGAGAAGGUCUCGCAGGAUCGGGGCCAAGGCUGGAAGAAUUCAGGUUUGGGAGUCGUGUGUGUAACAGCCCCGCGCCUCCACACCCUGGCCUGUGUGGCUUUGGGCAAGUUAUAUAACCACCGCCGCCACCCCAGUUUCUUCUCCUGUAAAGUGGAGCUUUAGUGCCGCCCAGCAGAGUUGUUGGGGUAAUUCAGUGACUCUGUGGACUGCCCAGCACCUGUGAAUUGCUUUCCUCGAUGUUGGGUGAAGGCCUGUGAGCUUGUAUGUACCCUUCGGCUUCAGGAUCCCAAGCCUUCAGUGUUUCAGAGGGAUGAGAGAAAGAAAUCCCAUUUUUUGAUGCAGAGGAUUUUGUUCUCCAUGGCUGGGGGUUAUGGAGUGAUGGGUGACGAUGGUUCUAUUGAUUAUACUGUUCACGAAGCCUGGAAUGAAGCCACCAAUGUUUACUUGAUAGUUAUCCUUGUUAGCUUUGGUCUCUUCAUGUAUGCCAAAAGGAACAAAAGGAGAAUUAUGAGGAUAUUCAGCGUGCCACCUACAGAGGAAACUUUGUCAGAGCCCAACUUUUAUGACACGAUAAGCAAGAUUCGUUUAAGACAACAACUGGAAAUGUAUUCCAUUUCAAGAAAGUACGACUAUCAGCAGCCACAAAACCAGGCUGACAGUGUGCAACUCUCAUUGGAAUGAAACCUCAGAAAAUGAGCAACAGAAGUAAUUGUUGCAAGCUCCUGAUUCUUUCUACUAAAUCUUGAACAGCUUUAAAAACAUUUCUGUCUGCAUAAAAUUAUUUUACUUGUGACUUUUCCCCAAUUGUUUUGUGCAUUGUUUUGCGUUUUUAAAUUACAUCUUCAAGUGGCUCAAAAGGCCUUGACACAGGGAACCUGCACAUAUCCAGGAUAUAUAUAACCAGCGAUGGUGACUUGACCAUGCAAAGACCUGUGAUUCCUUCAGGAUACAAUCAGUGAGAAAUAAAAACACAUCUUGGGAAGUGGGAAUCCUGGAGUUUAUGCCAUUUACAAUAUUAAAAAAUAAAAAUGCAAGUUAUUAUUCCAAUAAUAA